UCAUUUUUAUUUAGAUCAUGUGGGCGUAAACUAAAGGGAUGUGGUUUGUGGGCAGAUGCACAACUGCUGGUGUGUGACAGAGCUGUGUGAAGGGCACUUCACAUAAAAACUAUCAGACCUCAUUGACAUGCGAUCAGAAGGUUGUGCUUUAAAAAAAAAUGGACAGAAAGUAAACGAUUAAGUAUAAUUAAGAAAAAUGCUUGUCAGUAAUUGGUUAGUUUUGAUUCUGCUCAUCGUAUGCGCUGCGUUUGGUGCGGAGACGGAUGAAAUCAAGACCAUAUCGGUGAUGACGGGAGAUUCUGUUGUAUUACACACUGGUGUUCGUGAGGUUAACAGAGAAAAGCAGAUUCUGUGGCUGUUUGGACCUGAGCAUCCAGACACUCUCAUCGCUGAAAUCUACAAGCUGAGCAUCUCUAUAUAUGACAGUUACGAGGGACUUAAAGACAGACUGCAGAUGGACCAGCAGACGGGAUCUCUCACCGUCAGAAACAUCACAACCAGUCACUCUGGACUCUACACGGCACAGAUUAUGAACGCAAUGACCACAUUUAAAAGAUUCAGUGUUACGGUUUAUGCACCUGUCUCAUUGCCAGUCACUGAGAGCAGCUCGCCGGUCAGCGAGUGUCAGAUAUCUGUGUUGCAGAAAUGUGCAGAUGCUUGUUUUGGUGCAGAUGGAGGUUUUUCUUCUGCAGCGAUGUGUUCAGCUGCGAAUGGACCAGGAGUCUCUCUGUCAUGGUAUAAAGGGAGAGAAAGACUGAAUCAGACCAGCAGCCCUGACCUCAGCGUCACUCUGUCUCUCCCGCUGGAGAUAAAAGACAGAAAUAAUGAUGUGUAUCACUGUGUGGCUGCCAAUCCAGUCAGCAACAAGACGACACGAUUCAGCUUUCAGGAACACUGUCCACUAAAUACAGAUUCCAGUCACUCCUGUGGUUUUACUGAAGCUGUGAUCCGAUUGGUCAUCUCUGCUCUGGUGGGCGUGGCUACUGUUGCUAUACUAUUUUAUGAUAUCAGAUCUGGAAAGAAGUCGACGACAGUCCCUAAAUGUCCCAGUGAAAAGUAAAAUAAAUGAAUCUCUCGCAAUAAUUUGAUGUCACAUUUCUCUGGUUUUCUGCUGAUAUGUGGAUGUGAUUCAGUUGUGACCUAAAAUAGUACAGGAGAGUAUAAACAUAAUUAAACAUAAUGCUAUGACCUGAACUAUUAAGCAAAGUCAUGUGAUGUUAUGAAUAUUUUUUGCAUUGCAAAUCGGGAUUAUUAUACACUUCCUCUUUCUCCAAAAACACAGUGUCUCCCGAGCUACAGUACAGAAACAUUUAACAUGUCUUUUUUCAUAGCCAAUAUUUACAACACAUAACCUUAAGACACAGGCAAUAACUUCAAGACCAAGACAAAAAGAUUGAAUCUCAUUUUUGGUGAUAAGAGAUUGAUAAGCUAUUUUUUUUUUUGUGGGCUGGUAAUUUUUGACCGGGAGCACCAGUGUUGUAGGGAUUUGAAUGUAACACAAGGGUUAAAAGCUCAGUAAUGAACACACAUGACCAGCAGACACGGUUAAUAAGAUCAUCACUGCAUCGGGGAGUUUCAGUUUGACAGUGAAUGCUCUCAAAGAUCGAAGAGCUCUAUACGCAAUCAAGAAAAAAAUGAUUGAAAUACCGCUUCCAAUUUGGUGUAAAUCUUUGAUAGUGUGAUUCAGCCCAUAGCGCUGUAUGGAAGUGAGGUUUGGGGUCCACUCAGUGAUCAGAGCUACACUAGAUGGGACAGACAUCCAACAGAAGCCCUACACACAGAAUUCUGCAAAAUGAUUCUAAAAUUACAAAGAAAAACAC